AUAUACCGCAGCUCAGAGAUCAGUACCGGUCCCCCUGGCUCGCGCGCUUGACGGAGCUGGGGAAUUAUUACUAACAAUCAGCCAGUGUGGCAAGACUCAGCCUGUGCGUCGUGGUUUUGACCGGAUGCCACCGCGGAUAUUAUGCCUGCUUUGGUGCGUCUUCCUCGGGGCGGCGGCGGCGCCCGAGGCAGCGGCGGCGGCGGCGCAGCAGCAACUCGUCGAGGUCUUCGAGGUCGAACGGCGGACGGAGGGCACGCGCGCCCACCAGUGCGCAAACAAUUAAGAUAAGCCGCGGCGCCUGAUCGCGCGGCUGGUCUGCACACAGGCGCCUACGAGCUGGUGGGCUACGCGACCGCGCGCGGCGACGACGUCGACGCCGAGCGCCGCGCGACGGCGCCCCGGGGCUGGCGCUGGGCGAGCGACUGGAUCUCCGACGGGAGCCGCGGCGUCGACGGCUGGGAGUACGCCGCGGCGCGCGCGGGCCCGUACGAUGCCGAGGGCGGGCCGUUCCGGCGGCGGCGCUGGCUGCGCGUCAUGCGGCGCCGGGGCGCCGACCGGGGGACGGCGCCCGCGGCGGAACCCCGCGCGGAGCCAAAGGCCGUCCGUUCGCGCGCCCCGGCGGCGCCGCUCCGGGCGCUGCGGCGAGACUUCGCGUUUCGCGGCUUCGGCCUCGGCUGCGCGCACACGGUCGACGCGGGCGGGCAGAUGGGCCUCGUGGUGCAGCUGCCGCUGACGCCGAACUUUGGGUUCUGGGAGCGCCGGUCGCACUACCUGCCCAUGGCCACGGCGCUGGCCAUCAUCUAUCCGCCCCGGCGAAGCGACCUCUGCGCCGUCGCGUUCGUGCUCUCGGUGAGCUACCCCGUCGACGUGCUCGCGCGCGGCUGCCGCGCGGUCCGCGCCGCGGGUCGUCCCCAAAACGCGACGAACGCCACCGCGGUACCGCGGACGUCGUGGCCGACGGGCCCCCGGGGCGGCGUGCGGCGCGUCGGCGUCUCUUUUUCGAGAACCGUGGCGGUGCGCGCCGUCGACGUGCCCGGGGAGUUCAGGAGCCCGGUGCGGCUGCGGCCGUGGUUCAUGUACGCGCCGGGCCUCGGCUACGCGUACGACUUCGCCGAGCGCGUCGCCGAACGCGCGCUGGCGCGCGCGGCGCGCGCGUUGGCGCGCGGGCCUGCGUUGGCCGCGGCGAACGCGUCGGCCGCGAACGCGUCGGCCGCCGACCAGUGGCUCGCGCGGUCGUCGAUGGCGAAGCGCAACGCGUCGGCGGUGGUCGCGCGGCGGCGGCGGCGGCCCCUGCGGCGGGCCGCGGAGGCGGGCCUCGCGGCGGCGGCGGCGGCGCGCGGCUGGUGCGCGACAAAGUUCGCGCUGCUCGGCUACUCCUUCCUCCCGUACCAGGCGUACCUGACGGACGCGCGCGCGGCCGCCGCGGCGCCGGACGUGUUCCGCCCGCUGCGCGGCUCGCUCAUCUUCAUGAUGCGGCCGUUCUACCCGCCGAGGCUCGGACGGUCCGUCAAGAAGCCGUCGUAAUUAAUCUCUGUUGUGGUGACGUUCGGCCGAAGACGCUGUGGAAUUGUCGCCCUUGGGGUGCCUGAGAGGUGCCUGAGGGCGCGGCGCGGCGGCGGCCUGGCCGGGCGGGGGCGAAGACCGCCUGGCGGCGAGAUGUGGCCUCUGCGUCCUCCGUCUAUCUACGAGAAAGUAGUCGGCACCAGUUAGCGGGCGUCACGGUAAGCUUCCUCCUUCGAGUCCCGGUCGCGGUGCGGCGGACUUUGCGGCGGUGGCCUGGGCCAAUCCCGGGCCGGGCUCCGGGGGCCGCCCC